ACAGCAAGUUGAAACGGCGUUUUAGUUUUUAUAUUUUUUAAUAAUAUAACUUGGAGGAGCACGCCGCACUUUUAAAACUAUUUAACUGUGACGUAUCGUACGGAAAACGUAGCCGGUACAUUAGUUGUUUUGUUUUUAAAAUCAGCUUUCCUGCGACGGUGAGAGUUUGGUUUUGAGACGACGGCCUCUUUUUGUUUGUUUGUUUAAUAACUUUCUUUCAAAACGCGUAAUUAUUUCUUUCAAACUGUUUUUUUUUCUUCUUUUUCAUCCCGAAUUUGUGUUCUCUUACUCUGGUGACGUAACGACGUCACUCCCGACGCGACGCACGAGUUUGGCUUUGUUUUGUUAUCGGUCAAUAAACUUUUUUUUUUUUUUUUUACGCUUAUGAUUUUUAUUUAUUUUUAUAGAAUAUAUUUUUCUUUUUUUGUUGAGGUGAAUAAUUGAAACGCGAGCGAUAUGCUUUGAAAGAAAUUAUAUUGUGUCAUUUAAAAACAAAAGCUGUUCACUAUUAUUAUUAUUAUUAUUAUUAUUAUUAUUAUUAUUAUUAUUUCCUAGUCGUAUCGUUUUAUUUAUUGCGUUGUCGCACAAAACCAGACACAUUUCACAGCGUUUUGCCCGACUUUUGAAUCAGAUACGCGUGCAGAAUACAGACUUAACUAAACUUCUGAAAUCUGGUCAUUUUAAUGAAUUUAAUUAUUACACCCGUGGUGACGUUGUUGUAAAAAAGCAACGACGCCAAAACGGGACAGUUAUAAUUAUUUUUUUUAAUAAGGCAGCAACCAGAUACGUUAGUACAUUUCAUUUUUGUAAAAAUAUAUAAUAUAUAUAGUUAUGUAAUUUACGAAAAAUGUGUGCGUGACGUCACCAUACUAAACCUCUCCACAGAGUUUUUUUGAAUUAUUAUUAUUAUUAUUAUUAUUAUUAUUAUUAUUAUUAUUAAAGAGAAUUACAAAAUGAAUUUCUUCAGCUUUCUCGUUUCGCGGAUGCAUCGAAUGAGACACGACAUUGUGCGGAUGGAGUUUGUAAUGGCGUGGCUGUGCGGUGCGUUUUUCACAGGUCUCUCCGAGGUCUCUCCCUCUCUCCCAGCGCACAUCUCCGUCCUCAAGUCUUGGGAUUCUCUGGUCCUCACCCAGUUAGACCAAGAGGUGCUGGGAAACUCCAGCCUGCGAUCCCACUCCCAGUCCCUGCUGCUGCUGCACGCCCCGGGGGAGAAGCAACUACCCGUGGUCCAGGCUUCAUUCGGACCUUUCACUGUAAAGCAGGAGCUGUCCCUCCCCCUCCUCUCCCUCCCCUCCUCUCUCUCUGCCUCUAUUUUGGGGGGACCGGAUGGGGGCGUGGUCUCGAUUUCUCGACCCUGGGUUCGAGUGCUGUUCCACUGGGGAGGAGUGGAGAGAGAGAGGGAACGAGAGAAAGGAGGAGAGAGGUGCGUCACUCUCCAUGCUUUCAGAGAGACUGAAGAACUUCAAACAAACUGCUUAAUACAGUCCUCCUCGGGUGUCUGUGUGGCUAAUCUCACAUUCCCGCACUCCUGGUUCACCACGGAAACUAUGAAAACCAGAGCGGCUGACGGAAGCAGCAGCAGCACGGAAGCAGAGCUCUAUUACAGCGUCUCCCCGCUCGGCACAGCGCCCCCUGCCUGUCUGGAGACGGUACUGCAGCCUUCGCAGAACGAGCUUCACUACACCGGGGCGGUGGCUUUGCGGAGCGGGGGGGCGCCGGGACCGGACUCGGGGGAGGAGGAGGAGGAGCUGAGGCUGGACCCCAACGUCGUGAUUCGCUCCCCGAAAGGACCCCUGAAGCUGGGGCAGCCAAUCAAAGUGGGGGUGCUGCUGAGGGAGAACUGCACUGCAGAGCUGGUGGUGAUCAGAGUGAAGCUGAAGAAAGGUCUGAGCGUGGAGUCGGUCAGCCCGUCACUCGCUUCAGACGACUGGACAGUGAGUGUGGAGGAAACGCUGGGGUCCAAACACCACACCACCUCGCUGACCAUCCGCAGAGCAGCGCGAUCGCACACACACAGCUCUGUUCUGUUCUGGGAGCCGGCUUGCCUCUCUCUCCAGUCCGAUAACUUCACGGGCCCGGCUGUGACCCGCAGGAUCUCCUGGCAGGUGGAGUACCCGGGUCAGAACCCGCUGUGGGGGUCCGAGGGGGGGGUGGCGCUGACCCGGAUCACACUGACCCACCGGGCCCUGCUGGGCAUCGUACCCGUCACACAGACCCCUUCUCUAGUGAACACCGCCAUUCUGACGGGACUCCGCGUGUCGCUUCCUGUCACCGUGCUGGCAGUGGAGCAUGAUGGGACGGUCUAUGACGUCACCCACUACGUCACCUGCCGAUCAACGAACGAGGAUAUCGUCAAGGUCUCGUCGGACUGCUCCUCGGUGUUCGUGGACGGGUUCGAGUCCUCUCAGGGGGGGCUGGAGGUGCGGGUGGAGUUCCAGCUCGAGUCACUCGCUGGCGCCCUCCUGCUGUCGGUCUGGGUGCCGCGGCUCCCUCUCACCCUGCAGCUGUCGGACGCGCAGCUGAGCCAAAUCAGGGGCUGGAGAGCUCACAGCAACACUGAUUGUUCUCCUCAGUAUCAGAGGUCCACAGUUCAGGUUCUAGCCCAGUUUGCGGCCGUCCCAUUGGACCCCGAGGGUCAGCUGACCUUCAUGCUGGGCUCUCCUGAUUGGUUCGUCGACGUCACAGAGCUGGUCCGGGAUUGGCUGAGGACUGCGGAGCCGCGCAUAGCGACGCUGAGCCCAGAGGGCAUCCUGAUUGGACGAGAGCCGGGCGUGACAUCACUGCAGGUAGUCUCGUCUCUCUGGGACACUGUUAUAGGUCAGAGGGAGGUUACAGUGUCCAGUGAUAAAGUGACCCUUGGUGACCUUUCGGUCCAGCUGAUUUCGGGACUGACGCUGUCAAUCAAACCCAGCGCCGGCCUCCACGGUGUCGUCACGGCAACGGCCAGCGCACAGCAACAGCUGCACACCUACAGACAGGAGGCAGUCCUCAGUAUCUGGCUCCAGUUCAGCGACGACACCACCGUCCCUCUGGAGACCUUUGACCCCGGCACCUACUCGCUCCGCCUCCUCUCGCUGGCGGAGGGCGUGGUCACCUUGGAGACCGUCGCCACGGAAACCGACCGCGGCGACGGGGGCAAACCGCUCCCCUUGGUGGUCGCCAGGGGCGACGGGGGCGGGCCUCUGAUCAGGGCGGAGCUCAGCGACACGGGCUGCCACAGGCUGAAGAAACAGCAGCAGCAGCCAAUCAGAAAGAAGACCGGGGUCCUGGCGGGGGGGUCGGGCUGGGUCCGAGUGAACUUUGACCUCCGGAGAAGAGGGGAAGGGGACAGCGGGGAGGGGGAGGACUAUUUCGGGGAGAGGAGGAAGGUUUGGAGAGGGGAGAGGAGGCAGGAGGAGGAGGAGGAGGGAGAGGAGGACUCGCUUGGAGACCAGAGGAAGGUUUUGAGAGAGGAAGGGGCGUCCCUCGACGAAGCCUCCAGCGACGACCAGCCGGGUUUCUUGGAGUGGGAGCCGAUGGGAGGGCGGGGCACCCCGGGGGGGCGGAGGCUGUCAGAGCUGGAGAUCGGGAUGUACGCUCUGCUGGCCGCGUUCUGCCUCGCCAUCCUGGCCUUCCUGGUGAACUGCGUGAUGCUCAUCCUGAAGUCCCGGCGCAAAGGCGGCGCGGGGGGAGGAGGAGAGGAUUCGGGGAAGAGCCGCCACAACUGGCUGUGGCUCGGCACGGACCUGGAGGAGCUGGGCAGGCAGGCGGACCUCGCCGCCAAUCUCUCCCAGCGGAGGAAAGAGCGGGGCGGGUCGGAGGGACCCUACCUCACCGCGGAGCCCGGGCCGGGGGUCGCACACGCGAGCGGCACGCGGCUCGUCUUCCCCAGCGCGGCGCACGACGACCACGUUACUCCCGAAGUGGAGGAGCUGGCUUCCCAGGAGCCUCUGGGUGCUGGCGGGAGGGUGCAGUUCGCUCCCCGGGAGGAUCCUGCCCUCGCGGCUUCGGAGGAGGACGUGGAGUGGCUGUGCCGGGACAUGGGGCUGAGCCGGCGAUCCGAGAUGGAGAGUUACAUGGAGGGAAUCCGACGGGACUCGGAGCGGGACUCGUGACGGAGCCUCGCGUCUUCUGCACACUCGCCCUCCUCCUUUUUUCCUUUUUGUGAAGUUUGCAAUCGUUCUGAACACGUCUGGCUGCUCACCUAAAGAAAGACAGGGAAAGGGGGGGGUCUAUAUAAUGCAGGGGGGGGUCAAACUCCAGUCCUGGGGGGCCACGGGGGCAUCUGGUUUUCAUUCCACCUUAAGCUCUCAAUCUAAUUAUUUGUCCAAUUGGAUGUAUUUUUUUCAAGUCAUUUUACAGUUGAUGGUUUUUAAAAAUGCAUUUCAAAGGUACGCUACCUCCAAAAUGUUUCGAGACCUGGAGAGAAGCAUUAAAUCUGUCCGGUUAAUCAGAUCAUCAGACCAGUGGAGUAAUUGAGAGCUCGAGGGGGGGGGAACGAAAGUCGGGAGACGCUGUGGCCCCCCAGGAGCGGCGUUUGCCCCCCCCGGAUAUAAGCAAGACGAUUCAAGCGAACGUUAUAGGAAGUCAUAUUCAAGAUAUUUCAUAUUUUUACUCUUGGUAGAAAAAACUGAAACGUGUGUAUUUAAGUUUCCUUAUUUAGAGAAAAGGCUUCACGUUGGUAAUUUUAGUUUUGUAAAUAUUCAUGGUUUUUAAAAAAAAAAAAAAUGUGUUUUUAUUGUUUGUGAUUAAAGAUGAAUUAGGAGA